AAGUAUACAUAUGUGAGUUUAUUUCUGUCAAUUCACAAGUACUAUGAACGCAACAAGAAAGCAGUAUUGUUUUUAAAAUAUAUGCACAUUAUUUGAUAUAAUGAUUGAUAAUUAUGCUGAAAUGGCUCGGUUUCCACCUCGAAUAGUAGGUGGAUUUUGUCUGUUCAGUCUAAGCAUGCGACAGUUUCGAUUAACCGAAACCGAUCAUAACCGAUAUAACAAAAACGCUUUUUUAUUUCUAUAUUUUCUUGAAAAUACAUUUGAAACAGUAUGAAGGAAAAAUCUGGGAAGGUUUAUGGUAGAGAAGAAAGGGAUCACAUCGUACAUGCUGCACGAAAAUUAUGAAAAAGAAGUUGACGUUAGUGUUCGUUGCGAAAGGGCGUGGUCGCCUGCGUCUAUCGUUUUUUUCCCAAAAAGAGAUUAGAUGCAUUAUUACUUUGGAAAAGUCAAUAAAAUGUAACUGAAAUUAUCAGAGGAUUGCAAUAGUAGUUAAAAAAGCGGAAUUCACGCCAAUAUGAAUCCUGUCGCUUACUUUCUCGUGGGUGAAAUUAUUUGAAACAGUUUCUAAGGGACUUCUGCUGUUAAGCUUUGUGGAAGGAUUAUGAGAGUUCCCACCGUGUUGAGUAGCGCUUAGGACAUGUACAGUACUGUGGUAGCUUACUUGGACGCCCGGGUGAAUCUUCAAUUAAAGAAAAAAGUUAAAAAAACGAAAAAAAAGGAUAAGGAACGCUUGAAGGAAAAAUGGAAAAAAUAAUGGAAGUUGCUGCACAGAGACUCAUGCAAAGAAAAAACGACUCAUUCGCCAGUGUACAAAUGUACUGCUGUAUGCUCAGUUUGUCUCUCGUGCUCACGGUCGUAUAAGUCUGUGAACACUUUUUACGUUUAAACAUAUCUGCUUUCACGCAGAAAAAGGACAUAUUUAGGCAUAUAAACUGACAGUUGCAUAGUUUUCCAAAGAUUAUAGUAAAAUCAAAGUAAACUACGUAUUCGAAGACGGAAACAAUGAAGAGGUGGAAGACUUUAAAGAAAUUCAGCAUAGCUUUUUGCUUCUAAAUAUAUAAACAAAUAUACUUAAGGGCGUAAGUGGUGCAGUUAUCUUACGAUAGGUUUACUGAUCAAAGUAAUGCUUUUUAAUGUUCGAAAGUACGUUUUCUCUUUUCUAAAUUUAGCCGCUACAUAGAGCAGUGAUGCCGCAGAGUCUGAUGGUUCUUUUAGUUUAACUCGUGGAAACGUAACUCGCUUUUAAGAUAACGUAUUCACUUUACCCCAAGCAAAUAUCACCUAUGGGAAAAAUCCAGAUACAUUUCGUCUGCAAUCAGGCGAUACACGACUAGUUGCCAUCUAGAUUCCUAGUUGGGAAUGGGACUCUUAACUAGAUGCAUCUGCAGGUGCAUCUAGUAAUAGUUAAAUCGAUCGCUUAUCGGGCGAUAAAUCGAUAGUUGCAGUUAGAAAAAAUCUAUUAAUCGCUCAAUUACCAGAUUUUCAUUGUCGUUACACAGUAGUUGUGAUCGAGUAAAGAUGUAGUAAUCUAGAUGAUUCGAGCGAUACUAGAUUUUUGUUGACGCUUGGGUAGCUUGACAAAGUAAAAUUUUAAAAACUUGCCUCGUUGUUGUUGUCCGCCCCAUAUCUUAACAGAACAGUUUAAACGCAACCCAAGAUCUUACAGUUCCUGCUGUCAGUGAAAUACUAAUGUUCUAUUCUGAUCCUUAUUCUAACGACUUCUCCAAAACACUGUUAGAUGGAGCCUUGAAACUCAUAUCGUAAUUCUUUCUUGACCUGAUAUUCCCUGAAAGUUUGGACCAGAUCAGAUUAUUUUGAUCGAAAAUAGGAUUCUGAUGAAGACCGGUAUUAACUGAGAAUUUGAGUGCUAUGCGGAAAACAGGUGAAAUCGAAUAGAAAAAGAGCCGUUCUUCGAUAAAGUGUAUCUUUUUCAAGAAACAUUUGAAAAAAGUUGAUAAAUAAACUCAGAAAAUUUCGAAAUCUUAACAAUACCGAUACUAUCGAAGAAAAGUUGAGACCUUAAUAUCACAAAGGACUUUCAUUUCGAUCUAAUUCAAAUCUUAAAAACGGCUAUUUUUCAUUGAAUUGUUUUCUAGCGACAUAAAGGCCUAAGUUUACGACAUCCAAGCGUCGCAUUCAUCGAAGAUCAACAUACAAUUUGGCUCCAUCAACGACAGCGGCGCAUGCAAGCUGAAAAUGCUGCUACUCUGCUACAACAGCAGCAGCUACCAGAAUUUCUACCGUUAAAGCACGAAGAAUAUUUAAAUACGAAUGUCGAUAACGAUUUGCUAUCGGAAUCGGCACAACGAACUGCAGCUGCUACCGCAAAUAGCGUGACAAAGGCCUUUGUGAUCACAUGGAAAUGGGCUUUUGCUGGCACAAUCACUUUAAUCAUAGUGCUUGCUACUACAAUGCUCAUUGUACCCUCCUUUCUAUUUACAUUCAGAAACAAUAACGCUAUAUGUAGCCCUCAAUGUAUCUAUGGGAAUUGUACACUACCGGCUACAUGCAGGUUUGAUUUUACUCCAACACAUCCUCUAUUUGUACACCGUCCUGUAUUUAUGGGAAUUGCACUCUACCUAAUAAUUGUGUUUGUUCUACGGGAUGGUCAGGGACAAUUUGCUCCUCACCUGUAUGUUCACCAAGCUGCCAAAUGCUUUUGGCGUUAG